CGUAAGAAAACGAUUACCUGGCACAGUUUUACAAAUUAGAUUUAGCCCGCUAGAAUAUAAGCAAACCAAAAAUCUUCUUACUGGACUAGAAUCUAGAUCUUAGACUCUAGAUCUAGAUCUAGAUAGAUCUAGAUUCUAGACUAAAAAGCUGCAGACAGCCAGGUACCUAGAUCUAGAUCAACAUUCUGAUUCUAGAACGUAAUUCUUAUAGAAAAACUAAGAAGUAAGAAUGUCAAUGCCAGUGGAUGAUUUCUUGAGUCACCUCCCCCCAGAAGUCAUAAAUUACAGCAGCCAGAAAUGUGUGGAUGCUCUAGACCUUAUGCACAGGGAUCUGCAUGAGCUGCAGGAUAAGCUGCUCAAACUAGCAGUCCAGAGUCAUAUUUUGGAAGUGGACUUGGCAACACAGUUCAGCCCAGAUUUAUCACUGGCAGUUGACAAGGCAGUUGAAAGUUGCCUGACCUGUACACAAGCAGUAGUGUCCUCUCAUGUGGCCAUGGACUCAGUGAUGGAGUGCACAGAGUCUGGUGAAAGCUGUCAAUUACCGGCUGACACUUAUUCACUAGUCAAGCCUGGUCUGUAAGUUUGUUCACUAUUUACAGUCAUGACAUUUCAGCAUUUGUUCAAUGCCUGUUCACAUACGUUUGUACCAAGAAGGAAUAAAAUCAUCCAACAGAUACAAAAACAUUUUAUUUUUAUUCCAACAAAAUAAUGUUUAAUAUAACCAACAAUUUUAAAAUAAUUUUAACCCUUUACAGUCCUCUGUGCAUAAAUAAAUAUAUUGUACAUUUAUUUGUGCUAUAUUAACAGAAAUUUUGUAGUGUGAGUGGGGUAAAAAAGAAUGACUUACAGUACUUACACCUUUUUGUUCUGCCACUGCCAGGUUCUUUUUAAAGCUCAUCUCUCUUUCAUUAUUAUAGGCAGUAUAAUUAGCUAAAAUUUAAACUAAUUAAGAUGUCUUUGCUGUUGAAACUGGCUUUGAUUAUAAAAACAAUAGUGUAACAAAAAAUUGAAAGUAUUUCUACUAAUAAUGUUUUCUUG